AAAACACACAGCUACAUAUAUUUUCUUCUGUUUCCCUUCAUGCUCCAAAGUACACAACAUCAUAAAAUCUUACUCACACACAAAAAAUCAUUACUAUAACUGCCACUGUCAUCACGUCAGCAAUGCAGCCACGAAGCUCCAUUUCCAACACCAUCAAGUUCUUGCACAAGACUCUCGAGAACUUCAAGUCUUGUUUCUCUCCCGGAUACCAGAAGCUUCCCAAAACACCUCCACAAAAUCAUUUCUUGGGCAUGGACAAUAACAACCCAUGUUACAAAGACUUAGAAAAGUUCUACAGUGACUUCACCAAGCAAUGGGAUUCAGGAAAGGAGAAGGGUAGGCAAAGAAGCAAGAGAAAAGGCAAAGAGUUUCCAAACGAAAGCGUCACUGGGUUGAACAAUGCAAGGCAUGAUGAACAGAAGAUGAAUGAUGAGACUGAGAAAAGAGAGGAAUGUGAGAAGAAAAAGAACGAUUCAUCGUUGAAUUCGAUGAAGGGUAGGAGGGGAAAUGGAAAUUAUUGCAUGGUGGAAAAGAAGCUUAGAGAAAUGGAGAUGUUGGAGAUGAGUGAUGUGGAUUAUGUACUUGACAUCGAGGAGUUUCUGCAUUACUAUUCUAGAAUCUCUUGUCCCAUGUUUCUUGAAAUUGUGGAUACAUUCUUCGUGGAAAUGUACUCUGAGUUCAAUGGUGGUCUUGUUGUUACACCUCGUACUCGUAGUGAGUCUUAGAUUCCAUGACUUUUGUCUUGUUAAUGCUUCUUCCAUGGAUGGCAUGGAUGAUUUCGUUUGCUUCUAAAAUUCAAAAUAACUGUUGUUGUUGUUCAAUAUCUAUUUCGUUGAUCAA